CGACCGGAGGAACCUCCUGGACCUCCUUCUCGUCUCAUCGCGUCUCGCCCGCAGUCUCGGGCGAUCGCGACGCCCGCACGCACUUUCGGUGGAAUCCUUAUUCACCGGGACGCGGCAACGCCUGCCGUGUUGGCUCAUCUCCGAGGGAUCGGCCGUCGAACGUGUGCGCGAACGCUUUGUCCGCAUGCUGAUGACAGAUCGAAAGCAUCGGCGCCGAAGAUGACGAUGGGGGUGAGGUCAACGGAACGAUAGCCGAUCAGUGCACUCUCUUCCAUCAAUAAGCAGAGUGUACAUCCACCAGAUUAUUUUCUCUUCCGGUGAAGUGUACAGAUGAUAUUUUGCCGCUGGAACUUGAAAUUGCACUAUGAGAGGGGAUUUUAGAGCUUGUUAUCUCGGUGCGGCCUCUGAAAGAAUGGUAAAUCACUCCGAUUUAUAAAUAAUACAUCACGCUCUCAGACAUAUCGUGAGUUCUAUCCACAAAGUGGAUACGUAAAAACAGCUGUUUGACAGUUUCCUCCAAGUUCACAUGCGCCAAGACGGAAGGCUGGGCCGAAUGAAUACAAUCGGUGAAUACACGUCCCCUGAAGAUGCGUACGCCAUCAUACAUAAUACGCAACCGAGCAGAUGUAGAAAGAAAAUGAGUGAAACACUACACGUAGAUACGCUAGGAAAUGGAGAUAGAAGAGAGCUGAUGCCAAGGCUCCAUCCGUAGAUUAUCGUGCGAAUAAUCCACGCGCUGCAACCAAUUAAUUGUCAUUAGAAAAAAUUAGAGCGAUAAAUCCGAUAUCUGCCUGCGAACGGCAUUAAUUAAUAAACACAUAUCGACGGAAAAAUCGAUAUAUCUCUAGAAAAGAUAGGUCUGACGAUGAAGAAGUAGAUACGAAGCGCUAGAUAAGCGCUAGAUAACAAAGCGCUAGAUAGACAAGUUCGAUCAGAUAGCGUGACACACGAUGAUCGAUUUAAAUAAUAAACAAUAAUCUCGAAGAAGAGCAACUUAAUGCCGAGACUUAUCGUUUGUAGCAUACGUGCCGAAUUGAGAAAUAUGACCGAAUCAUCGUGAUUAAAGCGAAACGCCCCUUAAACAUUUGCAUACGACAUAUGAUUAUUAUAUAUGCCAACAGAAUGAUAGCGGUAGUUCGCAGUUAACGUUCCACAAGUCUUCCAGGUCCAUGCUACAACUAAACAGGCCAACGUCAGCGAGAGAGGCUGGAAAGCAUUGCAUUAUUUCAUGAUCUCGUAAUCAGCAGGAAAUUCAUGGACCAUAUGAACAUAUCACGACCUCGUAGAAGAAACGUGAGUUUAAUGUGACCGGGAGUUUAAAAGAAAACGGGAAAGAAAAAGAAGGAGAAUUUUUUUGCCAAUUUUUCAUAUUUACAUAGACAAUCACUUAGCAAAAGAAUUCGCUUAGACACCUGAAUAAAUACGUUUGCGCAUUUUUUUCGUUACGAUAUUACGCAUCGCACGGGCUAAUUUCCAUAAAUAUUGCUCUACAUUCGAUCCAUUUCUUUGAUGCGCUUCUUAACGCGAAUUAUGAUAGCGAGCUUCGUGAUGAAUAAUUGCGUCGCAGUGAUACGAGAACGCUAUAUGUAAGGAUCGAUAAAAAAAAGACUUGAUCUCUUUGCGAAAAAUGAUGCAAAAUCGAAGGACCAAGAGAUUCUGCUCAAUAUAAUUUUAUCUCAUAAGCCGCUGCUCUUUGUGAGAAAAUUUCGAUACCAUAAUGAGCAAAGAAAACAUAAGAGAAUAUAUAUAAUUAAUAACGUAUUCUCUCUUUUUGUAUAUUAUAUGUAAAUGAGGUAAUAUACAUAUUUUAAGCAAUUCGAUUUAAUUUAAUCUAAUCAAAAUAAACUAAUAAAAGCUCUUAUGAAUAUAUCAUACAAAAAAGACAAAAGGCAAGAGCCGCAACGCGGUAAUUUGUGCGUAUAUGUUUUAUUACGAUCAAAUUACAUUGACAUUUUAACUAAGUGAUAGAUACCAUCAAAAAACGUUUCGGUCUUUUUUGGAUCAUCUUCAUUGCAAUUAUAAAGUAUAUGGGAUAUAUUAUAUUAAAAAUGUAACAGCCAUAAUACGAGGAACAAGUGUGGGUCACCCAUGUUGUCAGAAGAUAAAUCUAAUAUAACGGAGUGUCGAAACAGAAAGAAACUGUCUGAAUAAAAUACUACCUUAAAAAAACUGACAAUAUAGAUAUACCGAACUUGAGUGAAUCACCUAUGAUAGAAGGCGAAUAUUACACUUUAUAAUUAAUCUAAUCAGCUAGGCAAAUUCAUUCACAAAUGUGAUGUCGAUAUCAGCAUGAUAUCGGUCCUAUCUUAUCUUAAAAACAAAUGUACCAGACAUAAUGUAUGUACUGAUAGUACACUUCUACCUUGCAUCUACGAAAGUAUUUGAUGUAUGCAACCGCUCUGUUAUGCGUGAACAUCAAUCUCUCGAGGAGACACUGUUUCGCAGUGGCAAAAAAACUAUCGACGAUGAAUGUGGAUUAACCACAGCAUUAAUCAAGACCAGAGUACAGAAAGGAGGGCUACGGCUACGAAGAUGGCUAAUCGCGCUAUUAGUUUUUCUGUUAAUGUCGCUUCUCAUUAUCAACAGCUACGACACCGGUCCAUUUCGGAUCAUCCGAUUUGGAGCAAUGGCCAAACCAAAUAUUCCAGAUGUAGUAACGCAGGAAUAUAUAUCGUUAUCACCGAGCGUUUAUACGCCAAUAGGCAGUGGUGGCUAUCUAGUUCGCAACAAAGGAUGCCGAUUACCCGCUAUGGAUCCUUUCGAUCCUGCAACACGACCUUUUAUAACUAAAGUAUCGCUCGAGUGUGGAAAAUCUUUGCCGCUAAUCGAAUCGAAUGAUACUGCGUUAUUUGUUAAUCCUCUGGCGUUGAACGAAUUCCACAACAUCAGUUGUUGCUGGCGACCAUUCUGGCGAACGGAAAAUAAUGACUAUUACGCUACAUAUGAUAAGGAGUGUUAUCCAUUCCAAAAUUCCAGCACCGUAAACGCCGAAUUUGUGAAGGUUGAAUGUUCUCGCGACAACAAAGAAAUAUAUAAGGAUUACUAUGUUUUUAUACCGCGUAAGCCUUUGGUAGAGGAAAGAUGCAAACAGGCGCUGAGUAAGGCUAAACUCCUCGAUGAUCGUCUCAGCGUUCUCGUCAUCGGGCUCGAUUCAGUUUCCAGGAUGAACUUUCACAGAAUGAUGCCGAAGACAGUGAAGCUGCUUCAUUCCCUCGGCGCCGUGGAGAUGCUGGGUUACACCAAGGUCGCCGAUAACACGUAUCCGAAUCUCGUUCCGGUACUGAGCGGUCUGAAUCAGGACGAAUUGCAUAAAAUAUGUUGGCAGACGUCUACGAAAACCUUCGACGAUUGUCCGCUAUUGUGGAAGAAUUUCAGCGCCGCUGGUUACCGCACGGUGUUCGGCGAGGACGCAUGGCACAUGACCACAUUUAAUUAUCUAAAACCGGGAUUUCGGCAGGAACCGACGGAUUAUUAUCUUAGACCGUAUACCUUUAGCGCCGAGAGGGACAUCGGCCAUACCCAGAGGAUGAACGCCAAACUCUGUAUCGGUUCUAGAAAGACGGUCGACUGCUUGCUGGAUUACAGUCGUAAAGUGGUGAACCAGUUCUCCUCGGAGCUUUACUUUGCCUUCAUCUGGCAGGCCAGUCUCACUCAUGACUUUUUCACAUAUCCGCAGUUGGGCGAUGACUCGUAUCACGAUUUCGUCGAGUACGUGUCGCAAAAGGAUCUGUUGAAUCGCACUCUCUUGAUCAUGAUGAGCGAUCAUGGGUUGAGGUGGGGCGAAUUUCGGCAAACGUAUCAAGGUAAGAUUGAGGAUAGUUUGCCCUUUGUCUUCAUGGUGCUGCCGAAGUGGUGGCGAGAAAAAUUUCCGCUUGCUUGGGGAAACUUGCGCAGAAACAGUCAUAGCUUGACGACCCCCUUCGACCUUCACGAAACCCUGGUAGAUCUAUUAAAUCCGCAUAUUCUGCAUGAAUCAUUACUCAAGAGACGUAUCAAAGAUCAAGCUGCGUCGCCUAUUCCACGCGGCAUCAGCUGGUUCCUGCCGGUGCCGGACAUUCGUACCUGCGAAAUGGCGCACAUAGAGAAUCACUGGUGCAUGUGUCACACCAGCAACGCCGUCGCCUGGAACGACACUGGCCUUCAGGAUAGCGUGUCGUUCCUCGUCAGGGAAUUGAACGAUAUGCUGAGCAACUAUCCGCUGUGCGCGACGUUGAACUUGAAGCUGAUCAAGGACGCAAAGGUAUGGCUGGACAAGACGGACGGCGCGAAGCUGAUGGAUUACACGGUGACCAUACAGACUACGCCGGGUGAUGCGAUCUUCGAGGGUACGGUGCGUUACAAGGCGGACGAUAAUAGCCGCAAAUUGGUCGGUUCGGUCAGCAGACUUAACGCUUACGGUACUCAGAGUGCUUGUGUUGACGAGUUUAACAUGCGCCUAUAUUGUUACUGUCUUUAGGCGCAAUCGUUAAAGCAACGCGAUCAUCUUUUUUGUAUCUGACAAUUUAAAUCAGAGUCGGGAGACUCGAUCAGAUGCGGUUUGAAGAGACCAUUAGAGCUGGAGAGUUUUGCGAUAAAUAAAAAAAAAACUAUUUAAUUUCGUAAAACAUAUUCCUGCGCUUCUAUCUGAUUUCUAUGGAUGAAUAGACAAUAUUGAUAGAUAUCACUCAAAGCCUGUAUUCUCGAGAACACCGUAAAAGUGUCUAUCGUGGCACACAUUCCAACUCAGUUUUAUAUUUAUUUACACAUAUAUUCUUUCACAUAACUAAUUAAUUUAAUUUAAUCAUAUACGCGCAAUAAUAAAUUAAGAUAUCUACAAGUGUUGAUGCAGAAUUGUCUAAUGAGGCGUUCGCGGGCGAUCACCUCGCUCCGCAUCUCUCUUUUUCUUAUUUGUUUGCUUGCUCGUGAUGUCGCAAAAUCAGGCAAUUCUACGCUCGAUGAGAAAAUACAUUUCUCAAUCACUAUUAAUUUGUAUCAAAAUGAUUUUUACUUGUUAUGUUGACUCUCUCUCAUAUAUUACAUCAGUUUCUUAAACUUUCAACGUCUGUAAACCAAUAUGUAACGACCUAUUACGGCGAUCUACAAUUCUCAGCGACCAAAAGAAUUCGCCGUUUCUAUAUAAAAAUAAAAGAUAUUUUACUAUUCUCUUUACGAGUAAUUCAUCGAAACCAUUCUCUUCCACGAAAUCGCGACAAUAAAAGUAAUUAUUAUGCAAUGAUUUUUAACGUGUUAGUAAUGCCAAUUUUAUAUAGAAUAAUUUCUUUCUAAUUUAUUUUAUGCAAUAUUAAAACAUAUUUUAUAUUUUACAUAUUUAUUUUUAGCUGCUAAAUUUCUUUUUGAUUUUGAUUACGGGAAAAAUAAUAUCGAUAUCUUUUUUUUUUUAAUAAUCGAAUAUAAUUUUUGCUAUAACUUACAUAUAACCUUAUGAUUUAUUACAUAAAUAUAUGUGAAAUAAAAAAUUAGCUACAAAUGUAUCGUAUGUUUAUUACAUUUAUCAUGAGAUACUAUAAUCAUUAUUUUCGCGCGCAUUUACUGCUGUUUAUGUCUAGAAUUUCUUUGUGAUCGUGACGUAAGGAAGUCCUCCUUGCUGGAUGUAUACAUUAGCUAUGUUUAUAUUACUAUAAUGGCCUUUUUUCGUAACAUUUCGUGAUAUUAAAUGUAAAAUUUGAUCACAUGCAUUUAAAUUUUUCAUACAUUGUUCAUGUGAUUUAAAACCAAAUACAAACUAACUUAAAUUAUAUAUUAAAUAAAUUGCUUAAAUAUCAUUGAUAUUGAUUUAAAUAAUUGACAAUAACAGAUUUUUCAGUCCUUUGGACUAAUCCAGAUAAAAUAUAUAUAUAUAUAUAUAUAUAUAUAUAUAUAUAUAUAUAUAUACAUAUAUACUGAUGAGAUGAAAU